UCUAAUACCAAAUUUCGUAGUGGAAAAUAAAAUCCAUUAUUAUGAAAAUAUUCGAAAUACUUUUACAGAUAUACUUUUACAAAUAAACUAAUUUCAAACACCUGUUUUUUUUUAAGAGAAUAAGUCCUCCUCGUUCAGAGAAUCUGCCCACGCCGAACGCAGUUAUUGGCUGUCAAACUCCGCCGUUAUCUUAUAAAAAGAGGUGAUCGCACGCUUUCUCCCAAAUUUGCUCAAUAUCCAUGCGCCCAAUCACAGCAGCGCCAGUUUCUGCCUGAGAGAAAAGGAACUUUUCAUAUUUUGCUUUUGAAGAUCUCGGUUAAGAUGAAGGAUAUCAUUAAAAGAUGUAGCUCAGCCUUUGUCAUGCAAAUUAUGCUCAUUCAUAUUCAUUUUACUUCUCCAGUGAAUUCUCUGCCAAGAAGAUUUCUUCAAGAUCAUUCAAAUCACAUUUUGGAUCAAAAAUGGAAAGUUAUAGGACACAGAGAUGCAAAAUAUGAACAUCCCUUCCAUCAAAUAAAUGCCAAUCAGGAGCUGUUUCUACGAAAUGAGAAAUCUAGAAAUCAAGCAAGUAUGCUGCCUAUUGAUUUGUCAGGAUUGAGCAAAGCAGGAGCAUCAAGAAUUAAAGAAAUAGAUAUCUCUGUCUUAUCUCGUAAUCCCGAUCCCACACUUCCAAUCGCACAAGCACCUCAUGGUAACAAAAAAAUUAUGUUACUUGAUCAGAUAGACACAAGUUAUGACAGGCUUCCUAUUGUCAAGCCUCAAGUUGUUCGCAAUCAUCCUGUAUUAUCCUACACAGAAAGGAAAAACGGACCUAUUUUUCCUUUUAUACAUCUACCUUUUAAGGUGGUAACUUCAUACCAUUCUAUUUCAACAGAUAAAAAACAUGAUGGUAACUUUAAAGCGAAAAGCAAUCAUUUAACAAAAAUGGAGAAUGAACAAAUAUAUGCAGCAAACUUCAUAUUACGAUUAUUGUACCAAAUGUCAAAUAAUUACUAUGGAGAACAUUUAUUUUAAAAAGUAAAUGAAAAUGCAAACGGAAAUAAUAGUAAAACUUUAUAUUUGGAUGCAUAUUUCAUAUUUCAAGCCUUAUGUAAUAUUAUGUAUAUUUCAGUACUGUUGAAAUAGUUUGAAUUGAAUAUUUUAAGUCUAAUAAGGGUAAGAAAUACAUUGCUUUAAUGCAGGCAUUUAAAAAUAAAUGUACAUGAACUCUGGUCAUAAGACAUUUCUGAAAUUUAAAAUAUCUAAAAAAAUCAGUAAUUUUAUAAAUGCGAAAAUAAUGCAAUCCAAAAUAAUAUUAUAAUAAAACUGGUAUACAUAGUUUAUGCAUGUAACACAAAUAAUUUUAGUAUAUAACAUAAUAAUUGAAAAAUAUCAUUCCAAAAUACUGACAGAAAUAACAGCCUAAAUGCUUUAAGCAUUAACAAUAAAAAUAUCUACAUUUCAUACUCACAGCAUAAUUUAAGAAAAUCAAGUGAAAUUUUAUGCUUGCAAGGUUUUAAAGCUGAAAGAUAAUUUCAAUAGAUUUUAUUCUGAUCCCUUCAACUUCUCUGUACAAAAAUAUAUCGUUAAACUGCACUGAAAGUACAUGACUGCACUUAAAUACGUUAAACUGCAUUUAAAUACUGCACUGAAAAUAAAACUUUGCAAUAGUUAUUGUCAGGUAAUGAUCAACUUAAGCUUAUCUAGCCCUUUUCUAUUUUAUUUAGUUUUUAACUUCAAAUAUGAGAACAUAUGGAAUAUAAUUCUGUAAUUUGGACAAUUUAUUAAAUCCCAUAAAAUUCUGCAAAAUACUUAAAUAAUUAAUUCUGUUUAAAGAAUUAAAAAGGAAACUUAGCACAACUUUUCAAAACCAUAAAUUUAAAGAAUGCUCAACAUAGUCAAGUCAAAAGGUGAUUGAUGUAAAUAGCAUUAAUUUGUCUGCAUUAACCCUCUGAGUGACACAGCAUUUAUUAACUAAAUUUGAAGAAUUACUUAUUUUAGUUUCUCUUUUCAUAAACUUACACUCAUUAAGAUGAUACUUACAUUAUUAAAGAUAGUGAAAAAGCAAAAUAUUUUAAAUUAUAAGCUAAUAUACAUUAAGUGAUAAAAAAUCUUUUGACUGGAUACAGUCAUGCCAUUUAGGAGGUUAAAUUUUGAAAGUUUCAUGAAACUGAAAGCAAAUGAGUUUAACAGCAAAUUAAAAGUGAAACUGUAACAGUCUCUUUUACAACUACAUGAUAUAUUCUAUUCCAAUAAAAUAACAAAUUUUCCUGCAGUAUAAUGUUAGCAAAUGCCUAUCCAAUUCUUAAAAAAUGAAAUUAGUAUUAUAAAUAAUUAAUACAUGUAUGUAAAACCUGCUUACAGAGUAAAAUAAAUUUGCAGAAACUCCA